AUAUAUAUAUAUAUAUAUGUAUGUAUGUAUGUAUAUAUAGCUUAAAACUAUUAUUAAAUGCUCAACAACUAAAGCUACCAUAUCUAUAAGCAGAUCUAGCAACACGACUCAUUUCAUACAUUGAUAGACAUUUCGUUCAAAAGCAUUAUAAGUAUAUUUAUUAUUUAUUAAUGAAAUGGAAAUAUUUAAUAGCAGCAGUUAUUACAAGAAAAAAUAUCGCAAAUUAUUCAUUUAGUGAUUUUAACGACGUCCUACGUUUCCUCGCUUACUAAUUAUUUAGACUGCAACUAAUUGCAAUUUUCAUUAACUAAAUGUGGUAAUUUAUAAUUAUCUUUUUGAUGUCAUAUAUAAUAUAUUAUUAUGUUAUUAUAGCUGGAAGCUUCCCUCAGAAAUAAAUAAAUAGAUAGAUAAAUAGAUACUCUAUAUUGUUUCCUUCAAAAGACUAUAUUAGUAAACUUAUUAUACAUACAAACAAUUACGAGAAAUAAUCAUAAUGAGAAAAUAAUGAGCGCCCUUAUCGCUAAUAGCGAUUUCUUCCAGAUAACCUUUGGAUGAGCGGGGGGAAAGGGAUUGUUAGUAAUCGAGACUGAGGGUCCCAUUGCUAGCAAUAUACCUAACCAGGUCGACCUGGAAACUAUCAUGAUUGAUUCCUGAUGAAUUCAUCAUGAUACGCUAACUGGCCUGUUUUCAUUCUCAUCUAUCACCCUUCACUGGUGCUCCGCCAGUGUAUCCCGUUAGCGCAGGCGGGGUUACCAAUCCAUUUUCAUCCAACAAAAAAAAACCUUUGGAUGAGCAGGAGUAAUUAUAAACAGCUGAUAUGAUAGGGUAGCUUAGUAUAGGUGAUUUUUUAAAAUCGCUUAAGUAGGUAUUCUAUGGUAAAGGAUAUGGCCUGGGAUAGAGCUGGCUGGAGGAAGAUGCAUGAAUUAGUUGCACCGACAAGAGGAAACUCUUAAAUGAAAAAAAAAGGUAUUCUAUGAUUUUAUCCAUUACAAACAAAAAUUAUUUUAUUUUUUAUUAUUUAUUUUACCUUAAUUUUUUUUCUUUAUUUUUCUUCUAUUCAAUAAUGCACCGUCUAUAUAUUUCUCGGUUUUCCCAAUGGUUGACUGGUAGAGAACACCGUCCGGUGUUAAGUCCGUCAAAUGUACCUACAUAGAAUUUUACUGUGCAUUAAAGUUUAAAUAAAUAAAUGAAAUCCUUCCUCUUUAUAAUAUAAAUUUACGUUGUAUUAGUUACAGUGAAAUUGUUAUGAAUAGGUUGUUAUAGGUGAUAGACCAGAAAUAAAAAAAAAAGACUUAAUUUAUAUUGCGAUUGCACCCUGUGAAAGCAUUCUAUAUUGUUUACAUAACUAUUCCACGUGGCGAUAUCUCUGCCACUUCCUCUAUUUAUUUAUAAAUGCAAUCAUUGCAAUAAAAUACUAAAAUAUAUCGAGAUACUUCAAAAAGAUAAAAUGUCUAGUUAAUGUAUUGCAAACCGAUUCCAACCCACACGACUUGUUCAGGUUAGUCACCUGUCUGUAGGGUUGACACCUUGUAAAUAUUAUAUUGUAUAUCUUUAAUCAAAAUAUGUGUAUACUGUCUUAUUAAAAAUACUUAUUUCGAAAUGGUUUUAAAUAUGUUAUAUCUAAAAUUAGUAAAGAAAACUAAAAGUAGAAAUGUUAUUUUUAUUUACGGUUUUAUAAGCGAGUGAGAUACAAUGGAGAAGUUCUAAACAUCGCCAGUUUGUCACAUUAUAUAAUAAUUUAUCUUUGACCAGAUUUUGCAUUACAUCUACAUUUUAUGUCCAGACAUUUUAUUAAACCUAUACAUACUUUUAAACCUAUUCUUUUUUUUUAAAUAUUAAACAAACAUUUAAUAAAUAAAAUUGUCAUUAAUAGUUAUAUAAGAAUGAGAUAUAAUAGUACAAAUCGCUAUUGACAGCCCUGUCCGUAUUUUAGUAUAAUACUACUACUACUACUAUUCACAAUUGGCAACCCUGUCCGCGAACGGCGAGCACGUCCUUAGCUUCCGCGGUGACGUCACCGCGGCGCGCGCGCGCAUCUUUGUCGCGUGACUACGUGCACUCUUUAUAUUUUCAUAAUACAAUCGAUUGUAAGAAUUUGGUAAUGGAUAUUUGUUGAAGAUAUUCCAAAAUUGAAUUUGGAUGACAAAUUAUCCAUUUCAGGACCGGUGACCUUUUUUUUUUAACGUGACGAAAUCUUCCAAAGACCUUCCCAACUGCCGGAGGGAAGGCAGAGGGGGUGUGUGAGAUUUUUACCCACUAAAACCUCACGACGUACCUCGAGGCGCAUAUGUCGGGUCCCCGGGCUCCCGAGUUGAAGACGACCGGAGCCAGGACCGGUGACCCUAGAAAUUGAAAUGUCGAAAACUUUUUUUUUAUUUAUGUUAUUAUAAUGAUAAUUUCGCCUGUGGCUAUCGGUAUACAUUACGCGUAACAUCAGUGAGGGAAGAAAGUGGAUCAAUUGGCCCGUCAUGGUGAUUUACCAAGAAUUAACGACAAUGGUUUUUAGAGGCACGUGGAGGACGAUCUGACAGUAUAUUGCUAGCAAUCAGACCACUAGAUUCCGUUAUUAACAACUUCCCUUCCCAAAUCAUUUUGACUAAUUCUUGAUCAAUCUGUCACGGGACAGGGAUCGUAACAGGUCAACUGAACUGCUUUCAUCCUCAUUUAUCAUCCCUCACUGAUAUCUCGCUAGUCCAUACAUACAGCGCGAAUGGGGUUACAAUUCCAUUACUAUCCGUUAAAAAAAAACAAGAUGGUUUCCAAGUAGGACCACAGUAGGACCAGGUAGUGGAAAUCGGCCCAAUAAAGUAUAUAUUUUUUUUAAGGAGUAAUAAUGGAAUAGCAACUUUGUCUGCACUAUCUAUGCUGGUGAGGCAUCAGUGAGGGAAGAUAGACAAAGAUGAAAGCAGGUCAGUUAAUUGGUCGUGACGAAUUCACAAGGAAUGAAUCACGAAGAUUUCCAGAGUGAACUGCGUGGAUGUCGACCUGAUAAAGAGUAUAUUGCUAGCAAUAGGUCUGUUAGAUCUCGUCACUAAUAAAAUGCCACGUCAUAUAGUAGUCAAAUUCGCCUGCAACAAGGUGAACGAUCUGAGGCCAUUCAUAGCACGUUAUUAGGUUUCGAGCACCUUACCAACGCUAUCGGUUGUCACGAUCGCGCACGCAUGUUUUGCAUCCGCUUGCGAAAAUAAUGCUGUUGUAAAUAGUUGCGGAGCUACUUAAAAUGGCGGAUUUAUUUGGUACAUUUUGUCAUUUGAAACUGGGAGAAAUUUACUCAUUGAAGGUGUUUUUUGAUGGAACUCCAAAAUGGGUGGAGAAGAGGAAUAAUAUAUGGAGUUGUCACGCCUACCUUUUCUUUCAUAUAUACAUACGUAUCGUGUCACGUCUGUCUCCCAUUAGGGUAGGCAGGUGGCUCUUAUCUUUCUUAGACUUUAAGUAAUUAAAGGUUAUGUCCCACAAAAAGAAUAUUGCGUUAGUGCUAAUUUACUCAUGAAUCAUAUUUUUUCUUAUGAAUUUACAUUACUGUAAAUUGGCAUAAUUCAUCAUUCCGUCAAAUAUUUAGUGUAUACUAAUGACCUAAUUGUCAUUAUUGAAAUUAUGUAAUCGUAAGUCGUUUUCGUAAUUUGUCAUGAUUAUAUUAUUAUCGGUAAUAUUAGUAUAGUAUUCAUUACUAUUAUGUUCGCUUGGCGAUAAUUAAUUGCAUAUCUAAACCAGUACUAUAAAGAGGAAUUUUUCUGUGUUUAAUGAUUGAGCUUGAAAAAUAUUUUAUCUAUUAAAAAAGUCCUUUCACCUCUAUGAAACUCCCUUGGUCGCCUCAUACGACACUCACAGGAAAGGAACUCUUAAACUUAUCUCAAAAUCAAAAUUUCGAUUUGAUAUCACAGCGAAAUUUUUAUUCUAACCACCGAUAUGAACUUGUUAUAAUUAGGUAAAUUUUAUAACCUUACUUAUGUAAAAAGGUACAAGUAGCGCCAUCUAGUAUCACUUUGGGAACAACCCCGCGCAAACCUUUAUAUUGUAUUCACUCUCUCUCUGGUUUUGUCUGUCAUUUGCGUUUGCAAUGUUAAAAUAUGUUUAUAAAUAAAAUAUAAGAUUAAUUAAAAGUUAUCCUCUAUUUUUUAAUAUAACCAUCUUAACAGAACUGAUUUUCUAAUAGGUUUAAGACCAAAUUAUGAAUCUAUUUUAUGAUGGUUUCAAGAUCGACCUCCACGUGGUUCUCCCCUAGAAAUUAUCGUGUUAAAUUCCAGGUGGAAUACACCUGGAUGGGCUAACUGAUUUGCCUUUUCAUUUUCACCUAUCAUCUUUCACUGGUGCGCUGCCAGUCCUAUACCGUUAGCGCAGGCGGGGUGACCAUUCCAUUGUCAUCCAUUAAAAAAAAACAAUAGCCAUGCUAGAUUCAACCGACCCUAUUGUUAGUGAAUAAUAUAAUUUAUUUAAAAAAGAGCAUAUUGAAUCCUAGUGAAUUUCUAGUUAUUUAAUGAUUUUGAAGGUAAUCAUUUUGUCUUAUAUUUAUAGCGAAAGUACAUCUAUAUCUAUACUUAUAAUAAAUCUGUAGAGAGGUUAAUUCUAUACAUGAAAUAUAUUUCCAAAAUAACUAUCAGCGGGUGGUUAGUGAUCGAUACUGAUGCCAAAAAUGCAAUCAGUAAAAUUUUUGUCUGUCUGUCUGUAUGUUCGUUAUAGAAACAAAAACUACUCGACGGAUUUUAACGAAACUUGGUACAAUUAUUCUUCAUACUCCUGGGCAGGUUAUAGUAUACUUUUCAUCACGCUACAAUCAAUAGGAGCUGAGCAAUGAAGGGAAAUGUUGGGAAAACGGGAGAAGUUACUCCAUUUUUAUGCUUCCAUCGCGUGUGCAGCCUUAAUGGCCAUUUAUUUUAAAUGUAAAAAUGUCCACCCGUGCGACGCCGGGACGGGCCGCUAGUACUACAUAAAAUAUAUUGAUUUAGUUUACAAAGUUGCUGUCAACUAAUCCGUGGUUUAGUCUGAAAUAUGAGCCGUCGUAGUCGCGUGGCGGUCGCUUUACCAUUUAUGCAUUCUUGUUGGCCGUUAAUAAUAAUAAUAAUUAAAUGUAUUGCCAUUCUUCACAGAAAUUAUAAUGUACAUAUAUUCAUUAAUCAGUAUAUUGUGCAGUAAUCGUAUGCGCCUGGCAAUAGGUACAAACUCAGCUUUUGCUGGACUGAUGUACGUUCAGCGCUGAUUUUCAGUUUGCACCUACACGUUAUAUGUGUUAUUGUUAUGUAGAAUUAUUAUUGUUGUCAUGUCUGAUAUAAAUUCUUUUUUUUUUUAAUAGUUUAAUAUGACAUGGUAAUCUCGCCUAUAAACUUUGGCGUCGGUGAGAGAUAAUUGUGUUACAUUGAAGUAAAGUUUGUUGAGCCUUCCCUCGCUAGUAGCCCGCCAGUUAUGGGAAAGUAAUUGUUAGUAAUAGGGUAUAACAGCACCAUUGCUAGUAAUAUAUAUCGUGUCAGGUCGACCUUCUCGCUGUUUACUCUGGAAACCGUCGUUAAUUCCUAUUGAAUUCGUCAAGAUGGGCGUCAUGAUAUCAGACAUUGGUGCCCGUACCGAUAGAAGGGGAGAUUUAUACCAUAUACACCAUACCGUUUUCAUUGUUUAAAAUAUUCUUUAGUAAAUUUAUAUUAAUUUAGCCGUUAUAGGUAUUUAUUAGUUCAACUAAUGCAUUUCUUUUUUAAUCCCGCCAUCGCUAUACUGACGCUUGAUUUUGCUAAAUGGGGUCGUUACACCACCAUUUCUAAGAAAAUAUUCCCCCACUGGCGCCCUCUAGGUUUGUUUUUAUCAAUGGGUGAUAAUGGAAUGCUAACCUGCGCUAACGGUAUACACUGGUAGAGCACCAGUGAGGGAUGAUAGGUGAAAAUGAAACGGCAGGUCAGUUAUCCCAUCGUAAUGAAUAUAUCUGUAAUUCAGCACGAUGGCUUCCAGGGGGACCACGUGGAGGUCGACCUGAUAGGGUAUAUUGCUAGCAAAUGUACUGGUAGUUCGCAUUACUAACAAUCCCUUUCCUCUCCGCCUUUUAGGUUAGGCCGUGCCUGCUAGAUACUGUAUGUUUUUUUUUUUAAUGAGUGAUAAUGAAAUGGUAACCCCGCCUGCGCUAUCGGUAUACGCUGACGGGGCACCAGUGAGGGAUGAUAGGUGAGGAUGAUAACAGGUCAGUUAGCCCAUCCUGACAAAUUUCACAAGAAUUAAUCAAGAUGAUUUCCAGGGAGAACCGCGUGGAGGUCGACCUGAUAUAUUGCUAGCAAGGGGGCAGUUAAUCCCCAUUACUAACAAUCCCUUUCCCCCCGCCAGAUGCUGUAUGAGGUCCGAUUUUGUUGUGUGCCCACAUUCUAAUCGAGUCAUGUUAACAUCACGCGUAAAUGAUAAUACAAUGAUUGUAUCGGGGAGGCGUAUACAGCUGACGCGAACGUCAUCGGCUGACCGAUAAUGGAUAGUUGUAUUCAGGCGUUGAUUGCACUAAUAAUGAUAAUUAUAUAUAAUUACAACUGCAAUAUGAAUAAUUAUAUAGAAUUAUUUAGUUAAUUAUAUAUAGAGCUGUGACCGUCACUUCGACUUGAUCAUCGAUUGACCGGGGUAAAAGGAGCCUAUGAUGAAAGAGACUUUUUAAACAAAAUACAAAAUGUCAACUGGUAAUUUUUAAUGUUAAAUGAAUUAUAUAUAUCACGUUAAUAGCUUAGCACGAAUGUGGAAUGAGCUCCCUACCAAGGUUUUCCCAAGAGACUACAGUAUGGGGUUCUUCAAAAGGGGGGUAAAAAGGUUUCUUCAAGGUCGGCAACGCGUGCGUAAUUCUUCUGGUAUUGCAGGCGUUCAUAGGCUACAGUAACCGCUUACCAUCAGGUGGGCCGUAUGCUUGUUUGCCACCUCAGUGGUAUAUAAAAAAAAAGUUCUUUGACUAAUGUAACAUCUUUGACUUUACCGUGUUUAAGCAAAUAAAGAUUAUUAUUAGGAAAAAACAUAUCGUCAUAGUCGUAGAAUACUGACGGAUCUGACGAAGAUUACAUAUAAAGAUCCGUCAGUAUUCUACGACUAUGACGAUAUAUUAUGAGUAUAUAUAUUAUAUAACCUAUGAGCCAUAUAAUGCCAAUGUACGCAGACUAAUCAACCUGCGCGUAGUACCUCCUGGUAACCAUCAUAUUAAAUCACCAGAGGGAGACUUUAUACAAAAGUCGUUUGCUUGGGUACCUCUGUCCAAUUCGUGUUUCAACCGUGAAGCAGUUGUGUUUGCAUGGCUGUGUUUCGGUUUGAAGGGUGGGAUAUGGCGUGAAUUUACAGGGUAUAGAGGAAUAACACCUGAGUCCUCAGGAAUGGCAACGCAUAGGGGGUAUCAUGGGCGAAACAGUAUACUCUGUUAUGUCCACGGUACUGCUCAUGUCUAUAGGCGACGGUUACCACUUUCCAUCAGGUGGGCCGUCAGCUUGUGUGCUAUUCUGAGUUGUAUAAAAAAAAAAACUCUAUUCGUCACUAUGGGCCAACUGAAUUAUUUCAUCCUCGUCUAUUCUUUAGUGCCUCGUCAGCGUAUAUCUUUACCUCAGGCGUGGUGAUUAUCUUUCCAUUUUCAUCACAUCUACAUCAAUGUUGUAAUUUUUUUUUUAGAUUUAUAUCUAUAGAUAAUGAAAUCUAAAAGAAUUACAACUAUUAAAAGUUUACUGCUGAUUGCGUAAAAAAAAAAAAUUAUCAAUUAAAUUGAUAAAGUAUUUAUUAUAUUGCACGUAAUGCAGACAUUUAUUUCAAUUUGUUCCGUUCGUAUUUAUUAGCGCCAAUAUGAUUUAAAAGCGCAACAAUUUUCCAAGUGCAAGAACCUCGCGCGCGGCACGCUGUGAAUAUUUUAUACGGCUCGGCACGAACCAAAUAGCUCUCGCAGUUUACUGCAAGGUUCCGCUAUUGCAUAAUAGAUGGCGCCGCGCGGCGGGCCGGCGCCACGAACAACCGCAUAUUGAUUCCACGUUAUCUGCCACGUACAAGUAAUAUGAUAUUGAUUGUUUUGAGAUACUAAUGUUAGCAGAAUACCGCUAUCUUAUAAUAUUUAUUUUGUCGUGUUUUUCAACCGACCUGUAAUGAGGUUUCACUUUUUUUUGUAAUGUCUUAAUUAAUUUUGGAACGAUUUUUUUUUUAUCUUAACGUUUCCCUUUUUUGUUAGUUUAGUGUUUAAUACUAAUUUAUUAGUGAAAUUAUUUUCUUGUGUAAAAAGUUUUUAAUUUAUAAUAUUUAAUGAAUAAGAUAAUAAAAACCUUUAGGAAUAUAAUUGUGACAGCCGCAUCCAAUUUGAUCCAGUAGUCUUUGCGUAAUACCUGAACAAACAUACAAACAAAUAGAUUUAUGAACAGACAUACUCCAUUUACAAUUUUAUUAUAUCAGUAGAUAUAAGUUUUUUAUGUAUAGGUAUUUGCAUAAUCAUUUGGAUGUUUUGUAAACAUGACUAACUUAUCGUACUAACAAAGUAAAGAAACAAUGGCGGGGUCAUACUCUGGCGUAUGAUUAGCUCGACCGCUUCUGAUAAAACGUAUACCUACAUUUAAGUUAAGCGAUCAACAAAAUAAUAGGUUUGGGCUACAUUGUAGACAUACAAUGCUAAAGAUAUUUAGUUUCUUGUUGGCAAAUUUUCGAGAGAAAACACAAUGCGAGGUAGGUAGGUACUUAUAUUAAUAAUUUUAUGAAAUUUCAUCAAGGAUACAUAGAAUAGGAAACACGAUGUUUUUUUUUUAAUGAAUGAUAAUGGAAUGUUAUCCUCGCCUGCGCUGUCGGUAUACGCUUGCGGGGCACAGGUGAGGGAUGAUAGGCGAGGAUGAAGCAGAUUAAAGCAGUUGAUCCAUCGUGACGAAUUCGGCAAUAAAGCAAUCACGAUAGUUUCCUGAAAGGAACCUUGUGGUGGUUAACUUGAUAUUGCGAGCAAUGGAGCUGUUAGUGCCCGUUACUAACAAUUCCUUUCCCCUUUGUAGGCGGAGGGUACCAUUCGAAAUUCAUCUCAGAAAAACUUGAUUAUUACUAAAGCACGAACCAAAUAUCGAUUAAAUUUUAUCAGUGUAUGCGAGUAAUAUCUUUCUAUACUAAUAAACAGAUUCAGUGAGUUCAACGAGCAUAUUGAUUGGUACGAAUUUUAUUAUUACGUUGCAUUACCAUCUUUACAUAACCAGCACACCUGUAUGUAAGUAACGAUGGUCCGCCAUGUUGUCCGGUUUCGCGCCAAUUGGAUGAUUGCGCGGGAGUGGCCGCCGUGUCAAGGCGACGCGCUCCCUUUGUUUUGUAGCCGUUGAGUGACGUUUGAAUAUCGAAUAUGUUUCUUUUUUUUAUUAUUAUUAUGUAUUUUAUAGACGUCCUGUCCACUUUUACCUUUUCUGGAUACCUUAAAGUAGGAAUAUUAAAAAAAAAGAUGUGCCCUAAUUGAUUUAGCUGUUGUUUAGUGUUGAACCCAACAGAUCUCUAUAUAUUGCUAGCAAUGGAGUCUUACGUGCUCAUUGCUGGCAAUAUAUCCUGUCAGGUCGACUUCCUCGCGAUUUCCUUUAGAAAUGAUCGUGGUUAAUUAUCAGAGAAAUCGCAUUGUAUUACUAUUGGCCUAUAAUCCCUCAUUAGUAUGCUGUCAGUUCAAUGGUACCAUUCCAUUUUUAUUGCGUAAAAGAAAACACAUCUUCUAUUGUCCAAAUUCCAAAUUUUCUUCCGCUAAAAACUUUAUUCGUAGGAUUGGCAAAAAGUAAAAAGAAUGCCAAAUCUAUUUAUGUAUAUAUCUAAAUGUAGUUAAUACGAAAUUAACAAAUUGUAAAAAAAUCCUUAAAUUACAUACCUACUCUUAACUAUUUGAUUGUUGAUUGUGUCUGAAAUAGACUGACCUUCUCUUGAUUAGUCCCUUGUGUAUCUGUUUAGUCGACCGAUACUUUUAGUUAUUUAACAGUAACUUACUACACAGUUAUAUAACGAGAUAUCGGGGUAAAAGGGAUUGUUAGUAAUGGGGUUUAAUAACCCUAUUGCUAGCAAUAUACUUAUACAGGUUGAUUUUCACGUGAUUUAAAAAAUUGUCGUGGUUCGUUUUAAUCGAUUUCUUUAUGAUGGGUCAAAAUACCUGCUUUCAUCCUCACUUGUCAUCAUCUCCCAUUGGUGCCUCGCCAGCGUGUAUCGUUAACGCAGGCGUGGUGACCAUUCCAUUUGCUUUCGUUAAAACAUUUUGAUUCAUUUUGUUAUUUAACCUUGUUUACCUUUAGUUUGUCUUCUACACGGUUAAAUAACUAAAAGGUAUCCAAAUUGUUUGUCCUAUGGCCCCUAAUACCGCAUUCUACCCUUGCCAAAACAAUGCGCCUACUAUAACAUGCGUCCCUACGUCUGUAUCAAACAGAGAGGACGCGAUGUCUUAAUAAAUAUACCUCACUAUCAGAGGCAGACUUUGUACGAAAGUGGUCAGCUUAAGUACCUUUGUCCCUUUCAUGUUUCUGCCGUGAAGCAGUUCUGUUUGUUGUUAGAUAUGGUAGUGAAAUUACAGGGCAUAGAGGCAUAACAUCUUAGCCCUUAGGAAUGGCAAUGCAUGAAGGGUAUUAUGGGUGGCGCAGUAUACUCUGUUAUGUCUAUGACACUGUUCAUAUGUUUAAGGGACGGUUAACACUUUCCAUCAGGUAGCCCAUCAGCUUGUUUGUCAUUUUAAAUUUUAAAAAAACAACAUCUAAUUAUAAACAAAAAUAACUAGGUUUUAUUCUUAGGCUAGGGUAACUGCUUACCGUCAGGUGGACCCAUAUGCUUCUUUGCCACCUCAGUGCUAUAAAAAAAGCACCUGAAACUCAGAAAAAAAAAAGUUAACAAUAACAAGUUUGUUUAAAGUUCUAUAUAAGAUCAAUAAUUUCGUUACGGGUACUUAAUAAGUAAAAUUUGUCACGGAAGCGAAUCAAAAUGUAAGUUGCAAAGUAAACACGCGAAGGUUGAAACAUUCCAUGGGAUCUAAAUAAGGAAGAUCGUAAAUAAAAGGUUUUAUUUGCUUGUUCUUUCUGUAAUAUUAUGGUGAGUUAAAUAAAUAAAUACAGCGGCUUUUGGAAGCUCUAGCUUUCUAUUGUUUUAGCAAAUUGUAGUAGUUUUUUUUUUAUACAAUUUAGAAUGGCAAGCAAGCUGACGGCCCACCUUUUGGAAAGUGGUAACCGUCGCCUAUAGAUCUUCAGAUCAGCUGACAUCCACCCAAUGCUAUGCAUAGGAUUUAUUAAUUACCGAUUUAAAAAAAAAGACAGACUUGAUUCGGUUGUAUAUUUUUUUACCUUUGUUACCUCACAGCUCCGUUAUUUAUAGACCGAUUAGGAUUUUUUUUUUAUUUGAUAAACUAUGCUUUCUUGGUGUAACAUUUUCUUGUAAUUGUUUAUAUUUAUAAUGGGUUUACUACUGUAAUCUUAUGGAAGAAAUAAUGAAGAAUGAAUGAAUGGUAUAUUUUCUAUUCACAAAACACAACUUCACAAAGUAACAACUUGAGGUACAAAUAAAUAUGUAAGAGAGAUUAUGUGAGAGAAUGAAGAGUAGGCAUUUAUCUAUUUAUCUAUGCUUUAAAAUUGGUCUCAAAGAAAUUUUAUGAAAAUCUCUUUAAUAGUUAGUUUUUAAACGAAUGUACUGGUUUUGUCGUGUUUGAAGUCGAUGGCUUUUUUUUUUGUAGAACAAAAUGUACACAUUUUACUGGUCAAAGUAUUGUAUUAAGUUGUCGUGUAUUCCCAAGAACUCGAUAUAAAGCGAACGGUUUCUAAUUGGGAUCUUGAUUAUACGCAGAAAUAACAUUUACUCCCAGCCCAUACAUUCUAAACGUAUGUAAAGUUCAACCUACUUACCGUUAAGGGUGCUGUCAAAGUUUUCAUUUGCAGAACUUAACCGCAGGAGUUAAUUAAUUAUUGAUUUCGACUUGCAAACAGAGUCAGGAUCGCGUAAAAUGUACUAAAAAUUUGGAUGAAAUUUGGUUACUAUUCAGCUAUUAUAAAAAUCAACGGCACAAUGAUUAAUAUCUGUUUCAUCAUCUCAGCCGUUAACUGUCCACUGCUGAACAUAAGCAAUCGCAGUUAGGCUUUUAGAGAUGUUUUAAAAAGGACGUGGCUGCCCCUCCCUCUAUCUGCCUUGUAGUCGCCUUGAGUAUAAUUUUUAAAUAUAGAAGAUUCCUUUUGGCAAUUCAUAGGUCUUAAUCUUACAUUUUUUAUUUUAGAAACUUCAAAAGAAGGAUGAGGUUUCAAGUCGGUAUUUUUUUUUUAUGUUUGUUACCUCAGAACGCUGUCAUUUAUAAACCGAUUGGGAGAAUUCAUUUUUUAUUUGACAGGACGUGUUCAUCAAAAUCGGUUUAAUGGUUUAUAAAUAUUAAAAUAAUUGGUUUUGCCACGAUCGAAGAUUCUGUUCGUGAACCAGAAUGAAUAAGCAGUUUUUAACACAAUGUUGAUUUAUCUGAUAUACGCUACCUGCGUAAUCGGGUAACUGUGGAAGGUCGCGGCGCUAUCACCAGCUAUCUAUAUCUUCCGCAGUCGGUUAACUCUUAUUUGCCAUUGAUAAAGUUUAUUUACAAUCUCUACUGGAAUUUCCCUUUCAUAAAAUCACAAAUGUUUUAAUUAGAUUUAUAUACAUGUGAGAAAUAUUAUACUUAACAUACAUCUCUAUGUAAGUAUAUAUAUUACGUAUAUAUAUUUACAUAGAGAUUUAUUUAUAUUAUUGUUACUGUUGUAAUUAAGUAAAUUUUGUAAUUUUAUUGAUGUAAAAGGAACACGUAGCGCCAUCUAGUAUUGUUUUGGAAACAACCCCGCGCAAGCCAUUAUAUUCGAAAGGUUUGUAUAGGAUUUUGUGUUAAAAACACAUAUCAGUGACGUUGUAUUUAAACUAAACAGCUACUGUUAUAUAUUAUUAAUUAUUACUUCGCUAUUAAUAUAGUAAAAGUAUUUUUGCAAUUAUUUCUUUCGGUAUAAUCAUAGUUGUUAAUAUGAGAUUAAGGUCAAUUAAUUAAAAAAAAAAAAAAAACGUAACAUUAUUUUAUAGUUGGUGAGUAUAAAUGAAAAAAAAAAUUAUAAGAGUUUCCUUUUUUAAAUAGAUGUAAAAGAAGCAAUGUGAUGAGCUUAAGAAACGACAUCAUGGAUAAUGACAUCAAUACUAGAUAAAUACUCUUAAUUAUUUAUUUUAAUUUUUUUUUUUUUUUUUUCAUUUUCAUCUCAUUUUAUAUGAGAUUAAGAAUUUCACCGCAACGGUUCAACACACUAAUCAAGGAUCUUGUUUACUAAAUCUCAAAAGAAAGGUGCCUUUCUGUUAUUCUAAAUCUUGAAGACAUCUUAGCUAAAACAGAAAAAAAUAAGCGAAUAAUAUAUUGUUUUAUUUAUUUGAAAUAGACACACCAAUAGUAUAUACCCGUAUGGAGUCAUAUCUACAAGUAUAUUCAUGCGUGCAGUGCAAUAAAAUUUUUUGUUUACUAAGAAAUUUAAUAAUUGCUAAUCUAGCACUACAUGUACUAGGUCAAUAUAUCGCCCCACUAGUUUUGUGUUAAUUUCCUAUAUUUGUAUUUGAUUUUAUUUUAUCUAUUUGGCGCACAUAACAGAAGUUUACAAAUACAAACUUAAACUAUAACAUGUAAGUACGUUAAUGUAUUGAUCAGGUAAACUUGCCACAACAUGUGCACACAGCGUGAUCCAGUAAUAAAUUAUGAAUAAUAUUUAGUAUAAUAAGGUCAUUUUUAUUUCUUAAUUUUGUCAGUUAUAACCGAGCUAUUGGAAAUAUGUAUUUCCACUAACCUCGUCGUCUCAAUACAAUAGCGCAAUAGUAUACAUAUAUUAAAAAUUAAAUUAUUUAAAAUAAAUUAUGUAUCUAUCUAUCUAUUAUAAAUAAAUUAAGAAACAUUUUAUGUGCAGUAUGCUGAUAUGCAUUCCAAUGGUAGACACAACAUUGAUUGUAUGAUUUAUAUGCACAUUAAUGAAAAUAUAUAAUGGUAUAAAUUAAAUUUAUAAUAAAUAAAUACAUAUUAAUUAUUCAAAGGAUUUUUUUCCCGCGAAUACAGCCUGUGGAAUGAGCUUGCUGAGGUUUUCCUUGUAAAUUAGUGUGGAAUUUUCCAAAAAGGUGUAUUAAGGUUUCCUCAGGGUUGGCAACGCUCACGUGGCACCGCUAAUAUUGCAAGCGUUCAUCGACUAUAUUGCCCGUUUACCAUUAGAUGAGUUGUAUGGUUGUCACAGCCGUGGUAUAAAAAAAAUAUCCAAUUAAAGAAAAUUACUAUUAAAUAGUGUAUGCCAUUCAAAAAUAUAAACGUAUAAUGUAAUACAAAAUGUAUGCUUUAUUUACACGCCGACAAAGCGGACCUAUCUAAGGUCCGCUUUUAAACAAAAUCUUUUAUUUUUAAAACAGAAACAAUUCUUUGUCUUUUUUGUACGGGGAUCACAUGAAAUAAUUCUAUUCUCGUUUACACUGCAAUUCUGCUAUCUAUUGUUUAUUCUAAUUAUCGGACAAAAGGGUACGCGACCGUUUGUCGACUUCACAGCCUUUAAUGCACUAUUGGAAAUAACUCGUCACAACAAGCAACUCUUGUGUGGUAAAUGUACUUGUUAUUCUUAGAAUCCGUCCCUCUUAACCUUGGUUUAGUUAAGAGUGACACGCGCGAGGGAUCACUUUGCCUAAUAUAUCACUAAUAUAAUAAAAUUGUAACUGGAUGAUGUCUGUACAUGGGAGACAUGUAACAAAAUAUGUAAGGGGUCUUGUUAAAACUAAUAUAUGUCAAAAUAUUUUUUUUUUUUUAUAAAAUUGAAUGUGGUCUCUACUGUUGUGCAUAAUACCUCUGGUAUUGCAGGCGUUUAUAGGCUACGGUAACUGCUUACCAUCAGGUGAGCUGUAUGCUUGUUUGCCACCUCAGUGGUAUAAAAAAAACCCGUGGAUGUUGACCUGAUAAUAUAAGUCUAGCCACGAAGAUUAGCCUCCCCAAUAAUAAUACGUUCUCCUUUUUAAUUCCUCCUAUUCUUCUGAACACCUAAUAUUUUUAAUAAUUCAAAUUUUUAUUUAGACGUAAUUAGAUGUUAGACACCCUUUUGUAAUGGGAUAUCUAAAUAUCUAUUUAACACCUGCCUAUCGCAAGUUUAAUGUUUUUUGUGUUGAGACUGUGUAUGUCUACAUAACUACGUCAUCCAUCUCGGAGUAGUACCAAGUCGUAAGCCGGCGCAGUCAAGGCCAGCCACCGGAGGAGCUCAAUUAUUCACUGGAGCACACCACGCCGCUGCCUCAUGACAGGGUGACCGGCGAAUGGGAGGGAUCCGCCGUUUCACAGUUCCGGGUCCUCGGGUGUUCAGAAUGUUCUAGAAGUGCAUAAUGAUUAUUAUUUAAUUAAUUGUAUUGUAUUGUAAAAUCUUUAUUGCACAUAAUUUAUAUUGGAUACAUUAAAAUUCAUAUAAUUAAUGUUGUUUAAAGUUAAUUGCACAUUAUUUACCAGAGGGGGGAGACUUUGUACAAAAGUCGAUUGCUUAGGUACCUCUGUCUCAUUCGUGUUUCAACCGUGAAGCAGUUGUGUUUGCAUGGCUGUGUUUCGGUUUGAAGGGUGGGAUAUGGCGUGAAUUUACAUGGUACAGAGGAAUAACACCUGAGUCCUCAGGAAUGGCAACGCGUGGGGGGUAUCAUGGGCGAAACAGUAUACUCUGUUAUGUCAAUGGUACUGCUCAUGUCUAUAGGCGACGGAUAUCACUUGCCAUCAGGUGGACCGUCAGCUUGUUUGCCAUUCUAAGUUGUAUAAAAAAAAUUAAUGUAGGAAUUAAUGGAUAGAUGGUUUCGAAACUAGUCGAACAUUCUAGACUAAAAUACAAGUAAUUCACACUCGUAUUGAACCUAGCGUUCCAUACAACGUUGGUUAUAAUGAAAUUAUGGUAAUUAUCUGAAUUGUCUCGACUUUUCGACCAGGUUACGCCGAUUACAUAACUCAAGUUUACCCAAACAAUUGCGUUUAUACAUAUAAAUUGUAAAUCAUGCAAUGUUUUGCAGGCGUUCAUAGGCUACGGUAACCUCUUACCAUCAGGUGGGACGUAUGUUUUUUUGUCACCUCAGUUAUAUAAAAAAAAAACAAGUGAAAGUCGAAAAGUUAUCUUAAUACACUUUUAAUUAGCUACUUUUUCCAAGUCGGUUAAAGUGUGCAGUUUAUCUUUAAAUAUUUACUGAUUUCGUAAACAUUUAAUAUUUCAUCUCAAUGUAAGCCUUAUCCGUUUCAAUAGAUUUCAUGCGGUCAAAUUGGACUUGUAAUAUCAAUUCAUGAUACUUUCUGUCAGUUACGAUUAGUUACGGCCUAUACGUUUUGAAAGAGGCUUUGAUUUUCGUGCUGCGCAUUUCGUGAUGAAAUUACGCUUAUUGAAAUGUCAUAUUUCAUUACGAAACAUGAUGUUUUUCUAUCUAAAUAACUUAAGUAUUGUAUUGUGUUCGAUAAGUAAAUCUAUAUUUAUUUAUAUUGUUGAAAAGAUGACACGUAGCGCCAUCUAGUAUCACGCUCGAGUAUUUCGAGGUGAAGCUUUUUUUUACAAUUUUGUGAUUGGCCCCCUUCCUUAUAUCACGCUCAAAUCGUCAGAUUAUUGUCUUAAUCUGACGCGCUUAAAUUUACCUGAGCUUAUAUUAACGGUUUAUGUAUGGUAGGGGUAUAUAACAACGUAUAAGGUUUCUCCCUAUGUUUUUUUGACGCUACUGGCGCAACAUCUUCGCUUGAGCUCGCCAACACUAAGUUAAUUGGGGCGCAAUACAGUUAUUAGAGAAGCAUAGAUAGUUUAAGGAUGGACGGCCGAGGAUUGCUAGUAAGACAGGUAUUUGGACAUUCUCCAAGCGGACAGCCUCUUGAUCUCUGUCGGUUGAACGCUUUAGAAUUUAAUGGUAAGGUAACUAAGUUUUGUUGAAAUUGUCACAGAAAUACUAUUAACAAAUCAAUUCUAUCUAUCUAAAUGUACAUAAAAUUUCACUGUGCAUUAAAGUUUUUUUAAUAAUAAGGUAAUAAUGGAAUGGUAACCCUACCUGCGCUAUCGGUAUACUCUGGAGGAGCACCAGUGAACGAUGAUGAGUGACGAUGAAAGCAGGUCAGUUAGCCCAUCGUGAGAAUUCCUCUAGAAUUAACCACGAUGGUUUUCAGGGGGAACCAUGUGGAGGUGUAACAGGGUGUAUUGCUGGCAAUGAGUUAGUUAAACCCCAUUACUAACAAUCCCUUACCCCCCCGUGCAUUAAAGUUUAAUGUACAAUAUAUAUGUAUAUAUUUUUGUACAUUUCCAUUAGGUUCUAUUGGAACAAACCAUAUAUUUAAUACAAUAAUAUGGUCCUUAAUUCCCCGCGGAGAUGGCAAUAAAAGAAAUCGAAAUUCUUUCUGAUACCUAAUAUCCUGCAAUCAGCUUAGCGGAUACACUAUCAGCAAUGCUAUUCACUAAAAAUUUACCGCAACGCUGCGCCCGCCGACGAGCUUUAGGCUGAUCAGCCUUGCGAACGACCGUGGCUACAGCGCUGCGGUAAUUGGUAUUCACUAACGUGUCAAACCUCAUCGACGAACUGUAGGCUGUGAUAACUCGAGGCUGCGCGCACGGACGAGAUAGGGCUUGCAACAAAAACCGUAAAUUGAAACCGGUAAUUAAACAAAUAUAGUGUUUUAUUAGUAAAGAAAAUGUUUUAUUGAGUUAAUAAUGUUGUCUGAAUAAACAUUUAGCAAAAUAAAUAUAAAUUUAUUCACUAAACAUUUAAUUUUGUCUUUUAACUUGAAUUUGAAUAAGCUUGUUUCCAUGGCCGUAAAAAAGACUAAGAUGUCACGCCACGCCAAACAACAUUCCAGACGCGCGUUUUUUGUAUUUGUCUUGUUUAGUUUCUACACUAAGAUAAUUCUUUUUUUAAAUUAAUUGAAAUUCAUAACUUUGGAUCUAUCUAUCAAAUAGCAUGUCAAGAAGUGCGGUUCCUUCUCAAGAGCAGUUGGAGAUGCUGGUGGAAUGCAUGGAGGAGCAGCGAUGGCUUGCGACAGGCCAUGCACGAACAGCCAAUGCUAGGGACCGUACUAAAGUCGCUUGGGGAGACAUUGCUGUUAAACUAAACAGCGACGGCCGUGGCUGUUUAAAAACAUGGCAGCAAUGGUCUAAGUACUGGAAAGAUAAGAAGGCUGCAACAAAAAGAAAAGCCAGCCUUCUAAGGGUGGCAAGACAAAAAACUGGUGGUGGUGCGGUGGAGGAAUUAGCGCUUUCUGUUGUAGAAGAACGCAUUAUAAAUAUAAUGGGUGGAGAAGGCUUUGCUCACGGGGAUCGUGAACUAGAAAUUAACCCUUUCCAUGAAUCCAGUGAAGAUCAUCCUAACAGAAAAGAGCUUGAAGAAGCUAUUUCUUUGAAUAUACCCAGCGCUUCUACAUCAGAUGUGGAUUCAUCUAUAAGUAUCUUACAGUCAAUAACAGUGGAGCCUGGGACUAUACCUAUAUUAGCCACAGGAACUGAAGAGUCUACACCUUCUAUACCAGAUCCACAGCCAGGACCAUCAUGGCGGAGGGAUAAUCUGGAGAGUAUUCCUCAAUACCCUGCAGAACAACAGAUGUAUGACAAUAGACCUACACCACCGCCACCAUCAUCACCACCACCACCACCACAACCACCACCACCACCCACCACUUCAAGACGCAGUGCUACUUUAUCUCCACGCCGUCGUUUAACUGCACCACGACGACGCUUACUCCGGCGCUCACCUCCUUCACAGCGGCAGUCUCAACUGAGAAGUCUUACAGAGAGAUUUGUCGCUAUAGAAGAGCGCCGAGUAGAGACAGAAAGGAUCUUGGCAGAGAACCAGCGAGCCUUAGUUCAUGCCUUACAACAAAUAAGUGACGCAUGGCUAAGGCAAAGUCAAUCCCUGUCAGAUUUAGUUCAAAAAAUAAAAAAAUAAAUCUUU